AUGGUAACCAACUCUGCUAACGGUAAAUCUUUACCCCCUCAUACAGGGAACUCAUCGGUUGCCGUGAGAAGCCCAGUUCAUGAGGUGCCACUGCAGGUCAUGGUGAUCAGCUCUAUCGUACUGGGCAUCUACAGUAUCGUGGGUACGCUCGGUAACGGCCUGGUCAUCCUGGCUUUCUGCAUGUACAGACAGGUCCGGACCUCUGCCCACACCUUCAUCGUGAGCAUCAGCGUGAGCGACCUCCUCAUCACCGGUCUGCAGUACCCGACAGGCAUUGCCUCCAUGAUCAUCGGAGCCCCGUCUCUCGGAGAAGCCAUGUGCCCCAUCCUCGGCGCCGCACUCUUCUUCAGCAUCUACGUAUCGCUCUUUUCUGUGUUGUUGAUCGCCUUCAAUAGAUACACGCACAUUACCACAUCUCCGAACACGUAUCAGAAGCUGUUUGGUCCCUCCAAGUCGUUGCUAUGGGUGCUGUUGGCCUGGGUUAUUAGUGGGUUGCUGGUAGCGCCUGGGUUUCUGGGUUAUGGCGAAUUCGGGUGGGGGGCCAAACACCGAAAGUGUGGCAUGACGGACGAUAACCCCUACAACGCAUACUACGAGUCCAACAUCUACGCAGUGUCUUACCUGAUCGUCUUCUGUCUCGUUGCCGGGAUCUACCUGAGGAUCUACUUCUUCGUGAAGAACUCUGUGAUGGUGAUGGCGGAAGCAAACCUGAACCUCGCGAACCCCGAGCAAUAUGUCUCGAGCCGGGUGGUCAAACAGACAAAACACAUGUUCAUCAUCUUCUCCGUCUUCACGGUCACUUCCGCCCCGUUUGUCCUGCUGCAUAGCAUAGACAGCCACCGGGCCUUCCUGCCCAGCGAAGUGUCGUUCCUGCUGAUCGGCGUGUACUGCCUGACCCACGUGCUGAACCCGUUCAUGUACGCCUGGAAGAUCCCAGUGUUCAGGCGAGCUUUCAAGGCCAUUAUCAGGUGCAAGCGGCAGCUGCCGUUCCAGCCAGGAGCUGGGGUCAACUAA